AUGGCGUGCCUUGGUUAUAGCGUUCGCUAGGUGGUCAACUCUCACAGACUGUUGACAGAGGGGUAGCAUUAACGACUCAUUAAGUAUUCUAAUGAUUAGAAUCAUCUCAUAACAGGUUCAUCGAUGGGAAAACCGAGUAGAGUUAGGUCUAAGCUCUCUCUCUCUCUCUCUCUCUCUCUCUCGCUAUCUCUGUGGAGUAAAUUCUGGAGUCAGAUCUAUAACUACGAGGUGUCUGGUCUACAGACUCGGACGAGCAGGCGUUCCGAUCUCGCUUUACGGGAGGGUAUUAAUUGGUAAAAUUAAAGGGAGCGGUGGUGUUGUAUUUUAAUAAUGCAGCACUCGUACACUGUCCUCUUCUUUUUAUCGAUUCACCGUGAUAAAAGCAAGCGGCGGGCCAAGAUGCGAGCAUCAUAA